AGGCAAGGUAGCCGACUGGACCGGCAACGCCAACUUCCACGACCGCCGAUACAAAGAGAAGUACCAGCAACGCUAUGGGGCGGGUGGGACAGCCUUCAGUUACCAACACGAGGUGGAUGAGAGCUCAUUCAGACUGGUUGACCGCAACCCCACACAGCAGAAGCGCUUCACUGGUCGCAGGUUCAGACCUCGCCGCAGAGAGUCUCUGCACCGCUCGGGUGCGGGUGGUCUACAGCGUCUGGGAGGCAACAACCGUAACAUGCGUGGUGGUGCUAACCAGCGUGGUGGUCGUGGGGGUCGCGGUGGCUUCGCGCGCUGGGGCAAUCGAAGAGAGACGCGUGAGCGCGAGGCGUCUGUAGAGGUACAGUCCACGUGGGAAGUGCAGGACGAGAUCGAGUUCACGCGUCUCACCAAGCUAGCCUUCAGCGUAGACGCGCCGGUUGACCUGCUGACCUGUGGUACUAUGGACCGGUACGAUAAGAGCUACGACCGUGUGACUACGAAGAACUCCAAGCCGCUGCACCAGUUCCAGAAGGUCUUCCACAACGUCACCACCACGGACGAUCCGGUGUUCCGGGAUCUGGCCCAGAGCACCAACGCGAAGGUGUUUGCCACCGACGCUAUCAUUGCGACUAUUAUGGCCACACCGCGGUCUGUGCACUCGUGGGAUAUCGUAGUACAACGCGUGGGGGAUAAACUGUUCCUGGACAAGCGCGACAACUCACAGUUUGACUUCCUGACGGUCAACGAGACGGCCCAAGACCCCCCCACAGACGAGGCGGACAACCGCAUGAACACACCCAGCCAGCUGGCUAUAGAGGCGACGUAUAUCAACCAGAACUUCUCGCAGCAGGUACUUAAGAGUGGCGACUCCAUUGAGCUGGAGGAGGGCAAUCCGUUUGCGGAGGAUGACGAGGAUGUGUGCUCGGUCGGAUACCGCUACAGAAAGUGGGAUCUUGGAAACGAUAUCGAGCUUGUGGCCCGAUGUGAGGUCGAUGCCUUCCAACGGUCGCCCAAGGGUGAGGAAUCAUACUUGAUGAUUAAAGCACUCAACGAAUAUGAUCAAAACCCCUUGGACUGGCGCCAGAAACUGGACUCGCAGAAGGGUGCCGUUCUGGCUAUGGAGUUGAAGAACAACAGUAUGAAGUUGGCCAAGUGGACGGCCUGUGCACUGCUGGCUGGUGCGGAUACACUCAAGCUCGGGUGAGUG